AUAUAGUUACAACGCUAUACUUCAUCUUAUCUGUUAUCUAUAGCCCCACAGUUGUAGUAAUUAUAAUCAAAUACAAGUUAAACAAUAAUGCAAAGUAAUAGAAGUCGUUCCCGUUCACCAAUCAGAUCACAAUCCAACAAUGACUCCACUAGUGAUGACAGGAACUCCUUUAAAAAGAGUCACUACUUGUUUAUUGCAAAUUUGCCUGCUCACUGGGACCAUAUUAGGGUCAAGCGGUUUAUUUCUGACACAUGCAACUCUAAUGCAAUUUCACAAGCAUUGAAGUAUGUAACAAUUUUAAAAGAUUUUAAACAAAAAUCUAAAGGAGAAUGCUUACUGAAAUUUUCAAGUCAUAACGCUUGUAACAUGGCUUUGCAACAACUAAAAGGUGUUGAAUGUGAAGAUAAGAAAAUAGUUGUGAUGCCAGAUUCCGGUGAACUUUUCGAGCAACUUGACAAUUCCAACAAAAAUAAAAAGAAACCGGAGGCAUUAAUGGACCUAGUAAUCAAACGAACCAAUUUACCACUCGAGAUUCAAACACCAAAUAACCCAAAACCUGCAGAUAGGAACCAACAUCAAGGGGUGCACGAAACAUAUGGACUUAGCUUGAAUUUCUUGCAAACACUGGGUAUAAAAUUGCCAUUGCAAAAAAGGAUAUUCGUACGAAAUUUGCCGAGUGAUAUAGAAGAAGACAAGUUACGCGACCUCUUUGGCUAUGCUGGCCUCAUUUAUGGAGUAUUGAUUGUGAGGCAGAACCGCGAUACUGAACCGAAAGCAUUCGCCAAGAUCGAGUAUGAUCAUCCAGUGGAAGCUGUGCAGGCAAUAUCAAUGUUCCACGGCCACGAAUACCUGAAUAAAGUACUACAUGUCCAAAUGGAUAACAAUUUAAAUGGUAAAUUCAACAAUCUACCAAAAGAACUUAAGACUGUAGGACCAGGUUUAGGGCCCAAUGGAGAACCAUUAAGGUCAGUUAGGAACGCCGUAGAGUUUGAACCUCUAAAACAACUGCUAAUACAAGAAAUUACUAAGCUACAAAAUAUGAAAUUGCAAGAAGGAAAUUUGAACACAAUGGCCAUGAACCAAGCGAUCCCACAAGACAACUCAUUAGGUGUCAUAAACAAUUUGAUGAAUUUACAGAAUCCAAUGGGUACAUUGAAUGUAAAUGCAUUUAAUCCACUCAAUCAAGCAAAUUGGGGUGGCCUCAAUAUGAUUAGUAAUCAAGGGACACAAAACUUACAAAUGUUACAAGGAUUACUACAACAAACUAUAGGCAACGAUUUAUCAAGUAUCCAAACACAAAGUGUGUCAAACACGAUACAGAAUCCGUUGACCAAUCUGUCACAGACACAAUGGGGUAGUAGUGUGACUCAGAAUCAGUUCGGCAAUAUUGGACAGAGUAGCUUUGGAAAUAUGACUCAAAAUCAAUCGGAUAAAAUUGAUUCUUUUACACAAAGAAACCAAAUUAAUAAUAGACAGAGAGAUAGAAUUUCUCAAGAACGCGGUGACAGUUAUGAAAAAAACUAUGAUAAGUUUGACAUCGAGCGCCUUAGUUAUGCUGACUCGAAAUAUUCCAAAGAAUCCGAUUCUAUGUACGGACGCACUGGAACACCAAAGAAAAGUGAUGAGAGUGAUAUCAUGUCAUCGGCAAUGUUACUAUUCACCAAUCUACCUUCAAGUGUGACCACAAAGGCAUUGUCGACCAAGAUGAGUGAAGUAGGAGAAGUGACGUUCGCAGAGAUGACCGGGCAGAACAGGGCCAUCGUGAGGUUUACCAGUACCCGUGAUGCUGAACGUUGUAUUAGACUUUUCGAUCGUUCUAAAGUGGACGGACAGAUAAUUAACGUGAAAUUUCUCUAAAUAAUGUGGAGUUUGGUGAUGAAUUCAAGACCCAUUUUUAAAUACAUUUAAUUCUUAGUGAUUAGACAGUUAUUUUCAUUGUUAGUAAUAAGCUUGCAUCCAUUAUCUUCUUUCGUAGAGGUUUUUAGCAUUAGGAUUUUAUUUCAAUAAAGUGUCUAAUACUGCC